AUGUGCUGUUACGUUCCAGGCACACCCUUCGGUGACCCAGAGUUCCAGAAAUCAAGCCAGAAGACAUUCACCGAUUGUUAUCUCAUGCGUGGAUUCGUCGGAGGGCAAUGGAGCUUCGCACUUGAUGGGAACGACACCGGCGGCGUCGAAACAGGGCGUGGCCGUGUCUGUGACCAUGAUGCUUCCGGUGCGACAGAGACCUUCCAGGAUGACGAAGACGACGGUGAUGAUGAAGCCAUGCGAUAUGGGAUGUUGAAGAAAGGAGACCGCAGGCUGGCGGUAUAUUGCCUUGGCUGGGAGAGUGCAGAGGUAAGAAGGCGGAGAGGCCCCCCUCCCCCGGUCCUUGCAUCCAUCUCCCUGAUCUCACGAGUAUCUGCAUCAAUGGAAGAAGUGCCUACUGACAUUAUCGUGCGUGCCUCGGCCACGAAACAGCUCCAUCAAGCCGCUACCAAAACCCCGCUAUUCGCUGAAGAGAUAGAUAAGCUCGCGCCAUAUUUUGGACCAGGGACGGGUGCCUUCUAUGUGAAUUUCACCAAGCAUGGGUGA